GAGCGGUUGUGCGAUCAGAUCGAUCUAAGAUGGCGACUGUGGAACCGGAAACCACCCCUACCACUAAUCCCCCACCUGCAGAAGAGGAAAAAACAGAGUCUAAUCAGGAGGUUGCUAACCCAGAGCACUAUAUUAAACACCCUCUACAGAACAGGUGGGCACUCUGGUUUUUUAAAAAUGAUAAAAGCAAAACUUGGCAAGCAAACCUUCGAUUGAUCUCUAAGUUUGAUACUGUUGAAGACUUUUGGGCUCUAUACAACCAUAUCCAGUUGUCUAGUAAUUUAAUGCCUGGCUGUGACUACUCACUUUUUAAGGACGGUAUUGAGCCUAUGUGGGAAGAUGAGAAAAACAAGCGAGGAGGACGAUGGCUGAUUACACUGAACAAGCAGCAGAGACGAAGUGACCUCGAUCGCUUUUGGCUAGAGACACUGCUGUGCCUUAUUGGAGAAUCUUUUGAUGACUACAGUGAUGAUGUGUGUGGAGCUGUUGUUAAUGUUAGAGCUAAAGGUGAUAAGAUAGCAAUAUGGACUACUGAGUGUGAAAACAGAGAUGCAGUCACACACAUAGGGAGGGUAUACAAGGAAAGGUUAGGACUUCCUCCGAAGAUAGUAAUUGGUUAUCAGUCCCACGCAGACACAGCUACAAAGAGCGGCUCCACCACUAAAAAUAGGUUUGUUGUUUAAGAAGACACCUUCUGAGUAUUCUCACAGGAGACUGCGUCACGCAAUCGAGAUUGGGAGCUGAACCAAAGCCUCAUCAAAGCAGAGCGGACUGCACCGAAGUUGAUUCCAUCCAAGUGUUGCUAAGAUAUAAGAGAAGUCUCAUUCGCCUUUGUCUUGUACUUCUGUGUUCAUUCUCCUCCCCCACCCCUAAUUUUUUGCUAGUGUGUCCACUAUCCCAAUCAAAGAAUUACAGUAUACGUCACCCCAGAACCCGCAGAUGUGUUCCUGACCUGCUCUGUAACAGCCGGUUAGAAUUACCAUGACACACACAUUUGCCUUUCCACAGUAUUCGAAAAAGAACUUGCAUUUCUAUUACCUUAGCAGGAAAGAUCUGAUUUUGUUCCACUCCAGGCAGGAGCGGACUUUGCUGGUGUGAGAGUCUGAGUACAGCUUUCUAGCAACCUUCUGUUUCCUGUCACAGCAUUGCUCUUGCUGUCCUCUUGCUGAGGGCUGCUAGAUUUAAUUUAUUUGCUUCCCUCCUUGAUAACAUUAGUGAUUCUGAUUUCAGUUUUUCAUUUGUUUUGCUUUUGUUUUUUUCCUCAUGUAACAUUGGUGAAGGAUCCAGGAAUAUGACAGAAAGGUGGAAUAAACAUUAAAUUUGUGCAUUCUUUGGUAAUUUUUUUGUUUUUUGUAACUACAAAGCUUUGCUACAAAUUUAUCCAUUUCAUUCAAAUCAGUGAUCUAUGUCUGUGUGAUCCCUAAACAUAAUUGUGGACUAUAAAAAUGUAACACCAUAAUUACAUUCCUAACUAGAAUUAGUAUGUCUGCUUUUGUAUCUUUAUGCUGUACUUUAACACUUUGUAUUACUUAGGUUAUUUUGCUUUGGUUACAAUGGCUCAAGUAGAAAAGCGGUCCCAUCCAUAUUAAGACAGUGUACAAAACUGUAAAUAAAAUGUGUACAGUGAAUUGUCUUUUAGACAACUAGAUUUGUCCUUUAUUUCUCCAUCUCUAGAAGGCAUCUGUACUUCGUAUUGCAAGGCAGUCUCUUGUGUCUCCUUAGAGUGUCUUCCCAUGCACAGCCUCAGUUUGGAGCACUAGUUUAUUAUGUUUAUUACAAUUUUUAAUAAAUUGAAUAGGUAGUAUCACAUAUGUAAUUAAACUGAUGUGGCUAUCUUUUUUUAAUAAAGUUAAGGCACAGUUUUUCAGUCUUAGGUUAAAUAAUGUACUUUGAAUAUGUUAAAAUUCAUGAGAAUUGGGAUUUUGGUGUAUCACCAUUUGAUAGGAACAGUGGCUGUAAACUGAUUGUUGAGUUUAAGAUGUUUUUACUUAAUGGCCAGAAAAUUAGCUUAAGGAAAGUAUAGAGGAACAUGCGUUAGGAACAUUAGUGUUACUAUCUGAAUAAAAUACAAUAAACAAGUAUUAAGAACUA